AUAGAGCAUACAGAGAGGUACGUGGGGCAGUGAGACGGUCCAGCGGCUCAGACGAGAUCUCGAUCGACUGGAGCACCACCAUAUACACUUGUCCGCUUGUGCCACGGCUCCUCUGCAUUCUCAGGAGAAGCUCGCCAGCUUGAGUCAAGUCCAAUACAAGCGCACGUCAAGGCGCACCGACUGCCAGCUGCUGCUCCAGUGCCCACCGCUUCAUCUCCCUCGGCUUCUCCCAGAGGGUGACCAGUAUGGCCCUCUCGCUAGCAUCAACCCUCCCUCGAAGGCUUGCAAGCUCGCAAUUCAAGCUUCUAGGCUCACCGCUCCGCGCCGAGCUCGCUGCCCGGAAUGCUCCUCAACUUCAAGCUAGAGGCUACAACGUAACCCCCGUUAGCCGAAAGCAGGAUGCCGAGCCUAGGCAAGGCCUCUUCAAGUCUUUGCUGCACGGCUCCGACACAGCUCGCGGCGAGGGCAUGACUGCGCAGUCUCACAGCACAGCGGUGGGCAGGAACAAGUACGUGCACGAGAUCUCUCGCGUGGCUGUCCAGCCAGCACACGUCGAGGAAUACAAGAAGGUACUUGCAGAGCAUCUGCCAAAGAUUGCCUCCGAUCCAUCCCUUGGGGCGCGCUUGGUUGGAGCUUGGGAAGUUGUUGUGGGCGAUCUCGAGACUUUCUAUAUGGUUUGGGAAUUUGAUGGCUAUGCGGGAUAUGAUGCAUCUACCAAGGCCCUCGCCCAGUCCGAGGUCUGGAACUCGCUGCAGCGUUCAGUCAGGCCUCUCAUUGCCAGUCGCAGCAAUUGGAUGGCGCAAGAAUUCGGCUUUUGGCAGACCAGUCCACCCAAUGACAAGAUGGGUGGCAUCGUAGAGUGGAGGACAUAUCAUCUCAAGCCUGGUAUGCUGUUGGAGUGGGAGACCAACUGGCGCCGUGGCCUCGAGGCGCGAAGGAAGUUUGUAGAGCCGGUCGCCGCUUUCUUCACGCAAAUCGGUGGUCUGCACACCGUUCAUCACCUCUGGCAUUAUCCAGACUUGGAUACCCGAAAGGUGACGCGCGAGGCCGCUUGGCAAGUCGAAACCUGGAAUGACACGGUCUCGCAGACAGUCAAGCUGAUCGACAAGAUGCACGCGCAAAUCAUGAAGCCGCUACCUUUCAGUCCGCUACGAUGAGGUAGCAGAUCAGGUAACAUCGAGCCGUCAGGACGGUGAUCAAUCCUUGGGUAAUGUAGAUCAAUCCACAUCGCCAAGCGGCGCGCUCUUGUCCUGCAGUGAACGGUUGAUCUUGCUGCGCCGGUAUCGCCGAAGUGAUUCGCCCAUAGGGUUGAGCCACUUGACGUUGAGGUUUGCGCCAUUCUGUUACCAUCCGGACAUGUACCAUGCCAAUCGGCAAAAACUUUACUAAAAUCAAGGUGUACAAUACCGCGACCCUCAAUUGGCUCGGUGCAAGGCGUUCGGUGCUCGUUCCGAUCGCAAAAGAUCCGCACUGCACUCGUACACCUACUGCUGCUGCGCAUGCUGCUGUGGCCUGAGCCUAUCUCAGGACAAGAAGAUCCAGAUACAUAGCGGGUGCCAGUGAAUUGACG